UGUGGAUAAAGUGGAGCUCAUCUCUGCCUUGCACACAUCAUGUCCCCGCCUCGUCCGCCACACUCGCGUUUGCGUGCUUUUUAAACUGAAUAAUAACAAUAAUAAUAAAAAGCAUAACAAUCCCACCCGUGCACACAUCACCGGCCCAACAGCAGACGUCGUUUCCCGCCUCUCUCGCCCGCGGGAUGAUGGACAGCCGGAUACUGGAGCCGCCUCACGCCCAGUUCGGAGGCUCCCUCGGCGGCGGCGGCGGAGGUAUGGUGGGCUUCCCGUACCACCUGAGCCACCACCACGUCUACGAGCUGGCCGCCGGCCACCAGCUCCAGUCCUCCGCCACCGUCCCCUUCUCCAUAGACGGAUUACUCAAUGGGUCUUGCGCGGCGUCCGUGGGCGGCUCCGGCGGGAUCCUGGCGUCUGGCUGCGGGAUGAACGGAGACAAUCAGCCGUACAAACUGACAGACUCGGGGGACAUGGACAAGGAGAGUCCCGGCUGCAAGAGGCGAAGAACACGGACAAAUUUCACCGGCUGGCAGCUGGAGGAGCUGGAGAAAGCGUUCAACGAGAGCCAUUAUCCGGACGUGUUCAUGAGGGAGGCUCUGGCCCUCAGACUGGACCUAAUCGAGUCAAGAGUGCAGGUCUGGUUCCAGAACCGCCGGGCCAAGUGGCGGAAGAAGGAGAACACCAAGAAGGGUCCGGGCCGACCCGCGCACAACGCACACCCGACCACCUGCAGCGGCGAGCCCAUGGACCCUGAGGAGAUCGCCCGGAGAGAACUUGACCGUCUGGAGAAGAAAAAACGGAAGCAGGAGCGGCGCCUGCUCAAGGCCCAGAACAAGCAUCUGCACGGGGAUCUAUUUCACACCCCGGGAUCGGACAGCGACAGCGGCUUGUCUCACGUCACCGACAGCGAGCACGGUACCGGCCCGCGUCUGGACCUCACCAAAAUAGGCUGCGAGCCGACACCUCACUCGCUGCACACGUCCAGCCAGAACCAAAGACAAAUGGACCAGGACGCCGGUUGCUCUGAGCUGGACUCGCCCGACGCCAGCCACCGCUCGAGCAUGUGCUCCGGCACCAACAGAACCUCCGGCUUGCAGAAACUCAACCCGUUCAGCGUGGAAAGCCUCCUUUCGGACUCCAGACCCAGACGCAACUCCGCGGCCUUACCCGCCUCUCGGCCCCUCAUUGGGAAGGGUCACUUUCUGCUCUAUCCCAUCACGCAGCCACUGGGAUUCAUUGUCCCGCAGACAGCCUUAAAAACGGCUUCGAACGCUGACAGCGGUUCCGAGGACCUGGCCGGGAGAAACCAGGCGCCCGGCGUUCAGUGCAGGAGCGUCUCCCCGGGGGAGACGGACAGGGACCGGGCGGGGUCGGGUUCCAGCACCCCUGGGACUUUGGGCCACGAACACGGGGGAAAUGAACAUUUAGAAGAGAGUCCACUAGAACCAACACCGAACUCUCUCGAAAAAACGGAAUAAACCUUAAAAACUAAGAGUAACGAGAAACAAAAGUGAGGCCAAAGCUCAUCUUUGCCACGUUAGGUUCUCCUCUCCCUUUGAGUGUGAGUGUCUAGAUAUCCUUUUAAACGUGUUAGAAAAACACAACGAAACCCUCAAGAGCUGUGAAAAAAAAUUACUUCAACAAAAGAAAC